AUGAUGAGAACAUCAAAAGGUCAGGUUUGUAUGCUCUGUUUUUCUGCUUCUCCUUUAUCAAAGCUACUUUCUCAUGUUCAUGUUAAAGGAUUACCAAUCUCCUGGGCCAUACCUACCACUGCUACCAGCCCUACCAGCUCAAAAGUCCCUCUCCUUCUACCAAAUCCUCCCCCAAAAGACUAGCUUUUGCCCAGAGUCUAUCACUGGGAUUAAUGGAGCCCUGUGGUUUCUCCCACAAAAAGCCAGUUGUCCGUUCACGCCUCACCGUGUCAGAGCUGAAUAGCGUGUGAGCAGUGUGUGAGCAGUGUGUGCUGGCUUACAACGCAGGGAUAACGUUCCACUGGCAUCUGCCCUAGAGGUCACCCACCCGCCAAGCACCCAACCUCCCAAGAGCUUUCUCUUUUUCCCUCUCUUCCUUCUCGUUCACUCAAUCUCUGUUUCUCCCUCCUCUCCUGGGUCCAUCUCUAGGUCUCCUUCUUCACCUAAACUCUCAGUGGUUGUGGACCCACUAACUCCUAUACCUUUUUAAUAAUUCUAACAGCUGAAAUUAGCAUAGUUUAUAUCUGUCUUUCAUCAACCGUAGCCCUCUUCUAGAAACAUAGUUUGUGCCAUCCGUAUACCCAAAAGAGAAGGACCGAGACACUUCCCCUUUCAAUAGUCCUUUCUGGAGAUUCUAAAGUGAUUUGUAUAUCUAUCAAUAUCUAUAUGGUUCAUACAAUAGAAACCACUGUGUGUCUCUGAGGUUGCCCCCACCUUGCUAACCCAGCUGCCAUGCUGCAUCUGGAAGGGUUAUGUUAAAGUCACUUGCUGCAUUCAGUGUGUAUUCUAAUUGUCUUUUGUCUUAGCCCCUUCACCACUAGAUGGUAGCCCUCUCCUACAGUACACACACACACACACACACACACACACACACACACACACACACACACACACACACACACUGCCUAAGAGCAACAGGCUCCCUUCCUGCUCCCUCCUCCAGACAGUGAAUGUCAAUGGUUCCCUUAAUUGCUUCCAGUCAGUGUAUUUGUUGCUUGCUUAUGAAUUAACUUGCAGUUAUUGGAACCAAUUGAACAGCCAUCAUUUAAUUACACCUGAGUAGAGGCUGAACUUUAAUUGGUGGGGCUUCCUAACGAGUAAGGAGGAUCUGAUAUGGGGCUUGAGCAGUAUUAAACGCCUGUUUACUUUCCUGAUAGCUAAAAGCAUUAAAUGAUAUCUGCGUGACGGGAUUAUGAUUUGUUAAUUGCUGGCAUACAUUAGUGCCUUGAUAAACUGUUAGUUAGAGCGAUGGUACGCAGUGGCGAGAUAGGGGGAUCGAUGAUGAGAUGACUUAAAUAAAGCACCAUUUCACUCUGCAAAUUAAAGGUGUCGGUCUUGUUUUUCUGUACUCAGGGAGGUUAUUAAAGAUCCUCUCUGCAGCAGAGGUACCUCUGAGAUCAUAUUGACAGGCUAUAAUUAAUACUAACCUUUCCUCUAGGCUAACGUACUGUAAAGUGCCUGCUUCGGUGCCUCCAACGAAAUGCAUUUUUCCUUAGAAAUGAUUAAAUUAAUGAUAUCCAUUUCUGUAUUAUUUUCAGCUAAUCCUAAAGUCAAUGAGGAGCUGAAACAAAGACUGCCCUCCCCAGUAAGGCACCAAAGCUCAGAGACCAAGCUGCCACAACUUGGGUAAAGAUACCGUCAUAUUAUUCUCCUCUGUUCAUACGUACUUACAUUGUUUGGGUAUGGCUUUUCACCCACGUGACAAUAAAACAAUGAGUUGUAAUAUUACGGGAUGUUUAUCAGUGUUACUGUGAUUACUCACUGUAAUAAUGACUUCUUCUUUGUCGAGUUGUGUAUUCUAAAUCCUAAGCGAAUGUUAGCUACAACGGCUAAAAAUAAAAGCACAGUCUUCUAGUUUGUUCAUCCUCAGUUGAAUGCGAAAACUAAAUUGGAUAUGAAUACAAUUAGCUACUGUAUGUGGAGUGUGUGCACUGUACACUAUCAAUUUGUUAGGUACCUUUGUUCACAUAUUGUAGAUUGUGUUAACAUGAUUUUCAUUGCACCAUUGUCUUAAAGACCAUUUUAUUUCUCUCAAUAACAUAUUUUUUUCAACCCUCUUUCAGACUCAAUGCUGUUUGUAAAUGUCCACAAAAAGAGUAAAAAUAGACAUACCACAUCCUGUAAAAUUACGCUAUGAGACCUUUUCCAGUUAAAAGAUGGUUGAAAAGUUAAGAGUUGCUUGCCGUAGCUUACAGGCUUAGCACUGGGCAGGUCAUGCUGCUGUGACAUUGUCGACAGUGAUGAGCUCUCUUUUUCUUGACCCACUACUCACCUGUCAAGUCCCUGGUUGCAUCUCAAAUGGCACCCUAUUCCCUAUUUAGUGCACUACUUUUGACCAAAGCCCUUUGGGGCUAGGGCACCAUUUGGGACGCUACCCCUGUUAGCUAUAGCAGUGGCCCACCUGAACAUCUGAGCUCAGGCCAUGCUCAGCUAUACAUUCUACCAUACCCAUGCAUGCACUGUAAUAUUAAUGGAUAUUAGCAGUAGAUUCAAAAUUAUUUGCAAUUCAUUUGAGUACAUUUUGAAUUCUUUCAUUUGAAUUCUUCAACCAAGUUUCUUUAGAAUUUCUCUUUUGUUCCUUCAGUUUUUAUUUUGCUUUAUUUCAGAAGUACUGACUUGGGAGCCAUUUUGGGCACAACAUCAAAUCAACUUGUACUAGAGGUGCUUGACAAAGGUAUCUGACCUUUUUUUUAUUUUUUAUUCUUCUUCUUCCAGUCUUCCUAUCUGUCAAGACACAAAAUACAACAUUUUGUAAAUGGAUAUCUUUCUUCAGUGCUUGAGUACUGGGCUGGCUGUAUGUAUCUGUGUUGUAGUAGCACAUGAUAGGCAUAUGUUGUCCACUGGCACUUCAGUAUUUGGAAGCUUGUGCAAAUGACUGCUGAUUUCAGAGGCCGGGUCUUCCUGCCUGUUUACCGCUUGCUUUAGUGUAAAACCUGUUCCAUGCGAUACAUAAACAUUUAUUUACAAGUGUAAAUCACCUCCAGCCAUGGUGUCACUCUGCCAUCAAAUAACCGUUACCUAGACCGUCCGCAGUCAAAUGGCACUGCCACUAUUUAGAUAAACUGGUUGGAUUGACAAUGAGAGAUAAACAGAGUAUUUACCCAUUGAUUUAUAUGUACACUAGAUGACUGAUUGGGCUUCUGUUUUGAAGCCACCGCGCCUCCAUCUUGGCACUCCUCCACCAUUGUAAAAAAUAUUUUGGAAGCUAUUGAAAUGCAUUUACUAAUGUCUACAUUUGUUUUUGCCACGUUUAUUCUAUUACAGACACCUUAAUGCAUACUUUAAAUGAUAUUAUGUGAGCUAAAGAUACAAAUGUAAAAUAUAUUACUUAGUUACAUUUUUUGAAAGUAAUAAUUUUAAAAUAGUUAAAUAAAUGUAAUUUUGUCCUUGAAACAUUUAAUUUAAAUACUGUAGAAUGCCAUUAAUUCAUAUGGAGGACUGCUACUUCUGGGGAGUGCCAAUAUGGCCGACCGGUGGCUUCAAAGCCUCUCAUUGGCCAAUACAUAGCAUCAGCAAUCCAGGGUUUAUAUACAUCAUUGGUAUUUACCCACCCUUCACCAAACACUCCUGAUAUGUAAAUGUAUUCAGCUCCUCUGCUCAAAUAUACAUUUGGGCUGUAGUUAAAACACUUAAAGUCCUGCUAGCCAAACAGCUAUUAAUGACACGGCCUGUGCGGUUAUUAGAAGAUGACAUUUGACGGCAAGCAGGGGGGUGUUUUGCUGUGAUAUCAGGAGUGAGCCGGAAAGGAACUCCAAAAGGAGACGUUUUUGCAAGCAACGGCUGCUGGCCCUACUCAUCAUGUCUCUUCUUGACUUUUACACUAUUUACCACAUAAAACGUCACAUCUGUCCUUGCAACCCCAGUCUUUGAGUUGAAUUUUCUCAGGCUUGAAAGGAGAAUCUCCCUCAGUUUUUCCCCAUAGGAAACAGCCAACAGGCCAAACACUGUCAGAUUAAACAACACCGGCUCUCACCAUUGGGAAAUGCCACUUUAAACAGACGCUCAUACUUUGUGGAGGCAGUUGUCUUUGUGGGGACACGCCACAGCCAGAUAAAAAAAAAAAAAAAAAAAAAAAGAAGUAACCCAGGUUUAGGAACAAUGUGUCCCAUAUUUUCAGUUGCGACAAAGGGGGUUAAAUAAGCGCGUUUGGUGUUAUUCAUGGUUGAAUUUACUGUUUGCAUUGGUGAGUCUUAAAGAGAAUACUAAUAUCUGUUUGCAACAAUCCAGAGAGGACGACCCUGACAACAAAGCUACGAGGAGGAGGCAGACCUCCCUGAUCUCGACUUCAAAACCUGACCUUUCACAAAAUAAUUGUCACCGCUAAGCUGGAGCUACUUUUGGACAUAGUGGGGCAAUGCUGCUCAUGGGCUUGUCCAUCACAACGCAUGUAUUAACACAAACAACAGACUGCUGCUUAAAAUAAUCCAAUAUGUUUGAUGCAACGUUUGAUGCUCAUUAAACCAGCUCUUGUUUGAAUUAGACCACAUUUGAAUUGCAUUGAUGCUGAAGCGAUUAAUCUGUUUUAUUCCUUCAUAUAUAUUUCAUAAUUGUAAAGAGGUGGCAUUUUUCAUGCAACACUUGAACCAGGAGGUCAAGUUGUAACUUGGAAGGCAGUCAUACUUUAAAGUAGUGAUGGGAAGUUCGGAUCUUUUCGACUCGUUCAGUCAGAAGAACGAAUCUUUCGACUCAUUUCGUUCAUUUGAGUCAGUCAUGCCCAGAGCACGCAGGACCCCCUACCGGCAAACAAUGAACUGAAAACUCGAAAGAGUCAUGAUUCUACAAGCCUCUUGUUCACAAGUCGUUCACCAUAAGGGGCUUAUUGGAGCUGUCAUUUGUGACUGAGAUUUGUAAAAACAUGCUUUAAACAAUGUACAUUUGUUGAUUGCUAAGCAUGCAAAUAAGAUUGUCUUGGUACAUUUGAAACAGGUCUAGUUGUGGCCGCAACCGAAUUGGAUUGUGAACAACUCUUGGCGGAAUGCAUUGCUUAACUGCAGUGAGGGUGAUAAGCAGUGCAAUGUCGUUUGCGAACUGCAGGCCCCCAACGAUUCGUUCUCGAGUUCGACGUUGUUGAGCAGAGGCUGUGUAUGUUAUGGUUCUACAAAGCUGUGUCCAUCAUAACAUUCAAGAAUCAAUUAAUUGCAUUCACUCUUGCACCAUGCCCGAUCAAUUAUCAGUUCUAAAAAUUUAUUUUUCUUCUCUAUGCUCAUGAUCUAUUUUCCUGCGCGCAUUUGACAGACACUUGGUGGUCGGAGAACGUCUCUGAAGCCACUGAGCAGGAGGAGUCGUUCAAAAAGAACAAAUCGUUCGCUAACUGCACAUCAUUACUUUAAAGAGGUUUCUUUGACAUUAUGCAAAGCUGACAAUCAUAAAUUGACCUUUUUGAAUAUGAUUUUCUUUAAAGCAUUUUAGCUUAUUUUCUAUCAGGCUUGGGCAUUAGAAUUUGACUUGAAAGCAUGGAUCGUUACUUUAGUCAUUUAGCAGACACUCUUAUCCAGAGCGAUUUACAGGAGUAAUUAGGGUUAAGUCCCUUGCUCAAGGGCACCUCGGCAGAUUUGUCACCUAGUCGGCUCAGGGAUAGGGAAUGCUCUACGCGAUUCUGCCGCAUGCGAAUGAAAGGCGAGAGAAAGGAGAGAGAGAGAGGCGAGAGGAAGAGAGGAGGAGAGAGCGGGGAGAAUAGAGGGAAUGCGAGAGAGCGGGAGGGUGAUAACAGAGAGAGAGAGAGAAGGGAGAGAGAGAAGGAGAAAGAGGGAGAGGAAGAGAGAGAGAGAAAGAGGAAGAGAGAGACAGAGAGGAGAGAGCGGAAGAAGAGAGAGAGAGAGAAAUGAGCAGGAGAGCAGAAGAGCAAAGAAGAGAGCGAGAGCGCAUAGAUUGCGCUAGGGCAGAGUAGAGCGCGCGCGCAGAGCGAAGAGAAGGAGAGAGAGAGGAAGCACAAGAGGAGGAGAAGAGCGCGGAGCGAGAGAGCGCAGAACGAAAGAAACCCCCAAGCAGAGGCACGCGCCCCCGUGCAAAAAAGGAGACGAGAGAAGCCCAGAAGCCCCCGAGCAGAAGAGGAGCGGAAGCAGAGAGAGAGAGCAAGACGAGAUGAAAAGAAGAGGAGAGCAGAGGGAGAGAGAGGAGAGAGAGACAGAAGACGCGAGGAGGAGAGAGGGAGAGGAGAGGAGAGAUAGCAGAAGAGGACGAGGAAGGGCGAGGAGCGAAGGCGGGGAGAGGAGAAGAGAAGAGAGCCCUACCAGACACCAAUAAAGGAGAGAGCCCAGAGAGAUGAGGGGAGAGAAAGGCGGAGAGAGAAAGAGAGGAGAGAGAAGAGAGGAGAGAAGAGGAGAGAGAGAGAGGGGAAAGAGGAAGAAGAAGGAGAGGAGAGAGAAGAACAGCGGAGAGAGGAGAGAGAGAGGAGAGGAAAAAGGGAGGAGAGAGACGAGAGAGAAAAGAGAGAGAGGAAGAGGAGGAAAGGGAGAGAGAGGAGGGAAAAGAGAGAGAAGAGGAAAGGAGAGAGAGAGAGACGAGAGAGAGAAAGAGGAGGAGAGAGAGAGGCGAAAGAGGGAAGAGAGGAGAGCAGAGAGAGAGCGAGAGAGGAGCGAGAGGAGAGCGGAGAGAGAGAGAGAGAGAGAGAGAGGCGAAAGAGGAAGAGAAGCACCAAGAGGAUCUCUCUCUCCUCUUCUUAUCGGAUGAUAGCAACUUCUCUCUCUCUCUCUUUACUCCCUCUUCUCUCUUCUUGGCUCAGCUCUCAACAGAAACAUUUACAGAGCACCAUGUAGUUCCCUGCCAGCACCAGUCACCCAUCCUCUCUGCAUUCCCAUGUUUCCUCAAGAAGCCCCCCCACCCCUCCCCAAAAUUAUAGAAAAUAGCCCAUUCCACCAGCUCAUAAUUCACUGGGUCUUUAAGUGGAACAAUAUUGUCAUGGUUGGUGUUGAGGAUGCACUUAGAUUUUUUUAUUUCUAUUCACACGCCACUAAUGUCCGUUUAUUUUCUUACCACAUUUUACCGUAUUUUGCACAGUGAUCGAUGUGUAACCAUUUUCCCACAACUUGCAAAGGAUAUUGAACAAAACAUUUACCAAACAUUUCUUGUGUUUUUAGCAUUUGUUCCCUAUUAAGCUUAAUGCAUUCUAACUGUAAUCUCGGUAACUUUAGUCCCUCAGUAUUUAAGAUCCGUAGAGGAAGAGAGUCGGACAUCCAGAUCUCCAUCACCCCAGGCUCACCACAGGAGAUCUCCCUCACCCCAGGCCCACCACAGAAGAUCUCCCUCACCCCAGGCCCACCACAGGGCUCCAGACGCAGGCAGGAGGAUGGAGGAGGAGAGGGCCUCCAGCCGGAGCCCAUUCACCCAGGACGGCUACAGGUCAAAGGGUCACAUCCAGGGGUCGAACAGCAGUCCUCCAGUCUACAGAAGACACAUCAUCCCUCCUGACUCCAGCCAAGCUCUCCAAUCAAGGUGAGCUGUCUUAGAGCCCAAUCGUAACUAAAGCUUAACUCAGAAGUACGUCAAUCAUAUUUUGGUGUCAAUAGGUGAUUUUCGCAAAAAAAAGUUACAUGCACAGAUCCCAUAAAAACUUGAACCAGAAACACAUACAUGUACCUGUGGAGGAGUAUCUGUACCCACUAUAGCACUUGGCAAUAUUGCCACAUAAAUAUGAUGUAAUAAAGCAUCACUCCAGUCAUUUUAAUGUAGCCUCUUUGUGGCCUUGUGUGUGUGUGUGGUCUGUCUGGUAACAAGAAGUGUUUCUGAGGGACCUAAACCUAGGUAUGCCCACUACUGUAUUUUUGUCCUUUGUCAAAAUAUUAAAUUAAUAGCUGUUUUUGAGUGCCCUGAACCUGUAUUUCUACAACAAAAGAUGUGAUACUGUAUAUUUGUCCUCUUGUAAAGAUAUUCAAUCAAAGGUCACAUGAUUUGGCAUCUGAUCUGAAGGUGUAGAUAGAUAGAUGGAUAGAUGGAUGGAUGGAUGGAUAGAUAGAUAGAUAGAUAGGCUAUAAUGUGAGGCAUUGCUGCGGGGAAUCAUAUUCCUCACUACAAGAGGGAAGUAGGCUACAUGGCAAUACACUGCCGUAAUACCUUAAUAUUACCUUAAAGGUCAACUGGAUGAUUUGCCUAAUAUAACAGAGUAAAUAGACACUGUAAUAUGCCUGCAGAGUGCAUCCCUUGCGUAUUUGAUAAUUGCGUCUGUUUCGUAGGAGACAAGGCUAUAACUAAUUUGUGUUGCCGUUCGCUCUCAAGUUGUAAUAUUGUUGCUCUCUCUUUCUCUAAUCAAAAUAUUUUUCUCUCAUAAUGUAGUAUGCAAGAGGACCAAGGAAACACUCAAGUUAGCAGCAGUUCCUUUGACUCCAAAAAGCAAAGCCUCGUCCUGGACAAAGAGAAGAAUAUUGCCUUCCUGCUGAAGGAGCUGGAUUCACUCAGAGAUCUCAAUAAGAAGGUAGGUAGAAAUGUUAAAGGAAUCUUGCCCAGCUAGAUACAGGUCCUAGCUAAAAUACAGGGCAUUUGUGGUUCCUGAUUUCUUUCACUGUUUGCAAUAUAGGCUAUGUUUUUGACUGUGAGCAAUAUCUGUUUGUGAAUCAAAUGUCCUUUGUCUUAAGUUGUUCUCUUCCUAUUCUUUAAAUAGAUUCUUGUAUUGUGUCUGUCACAACUGCCAACUAUUGAGUGUCCACCUCUCUUGUCUGUCCACAAACGUUACCCGCCACCGUGUCCACGUCCAAAGCAUAUGACUAGCUGGUUAUGCUGUCCUGUCCUGUUCCUGUGUUUGGUCUGGAGCAUGCCCAGUAGUGUCCCUCUGUGCACAGGCUGUCCCCUUGCAACUGAGCGCCUGUUAGAGCGGCUGUAGCCACAGAGAGGCCCUCUGAAACAGCUAUAAUUGAUGCCUCUGGUUUGCAAGUAGCUGUGACUCCUGACAGAAAGUCAGGAACAGUUCCCAAGAGUCUGUUUUUGCUGGCAGGGCCGUGAGAGCCGACUCCGAGGACUCAACUGAGGCAUGUUUUCAAAGUGCGGGGGGGAAAAACACCAACUCGGAGCAAAAUAUUUAAGACAGGAGGUUAAAUCUAUCACUAGGUCUUGUAAAAUAUCACUCCCCGACAAGAUUUAUAGGAGUUCAAUAGCAGUGCUUCUCUUUUAUUGGCGUCUGAAAUAAUGUGAUGUAGAGGCUCCAUUGUAUAAUUUGUUACAGAAUGCCUGAGUGAUCAUAUAUAUAUAUAUAUAUAUAUAUAUAUAUAUAUAUAUAUAUAUAUUAUAUAUAUAUAUAUAUAUAUAUUCUGUUUGUUAAAUGGAUGGUUGUCACCACCCGGGAAACUACAACAGUUAUUUAGUAUGUCGUCAAACUGCAGGAUGGAGUCAGGUGUCUAUCUAGUGUUUUGCAUGAGGUUUUUGCUACUGUCUGUGAGUGAAGCAACUUAGCGAAUAUGUCUGGACACGUACUGACGGGCUCUGCAGCUCAGUAUUGGUUGGGGUCAAUUCCAUUUUCAAGUCAUUAAUCCAAUUCAUGAAUGCAAAAAUUGUCAUAGAAAGUGACAGGACAUUUGACAUCUGAUUUUUCAAUUCAAUGACCCUGCCAACUUUGAAGUCUGUCUGUUUCUGUGCCCUCCGGCAGCUCCAGGACAAGUUGGCCAUGAGGGAGAAGGAGUUAGAGAGCAGGCUGGUGGACGCUGAGCUGAUGGAGACUCAACUGGAUGCCCAGGCCUGUGAGAAGGCUGGAGGUACAGUAUGGAGGGGAGAGAGGACAAACCCUGGGCCUGUGAGAAGGCUGGAGGUACAGUAUGGAGGGGAGAGAGGACAAACCCAGGGCCUGGUGAGAAAGAUGGAGGUACAGUAUGGAGGGGGAGAGAGGACAAACCCUGGGCCUGUGAGAAGGCUGGAGGUACAGUAUGGAGGGGAGAGAGGACAAACCCUGGGGCCUGUGAGAAAGCUGGAGGUACAGUAUGGAGGGGAGAGAGGGACAAACCUGGGCCUGUGAGGAAAGCUGGAGGUACAGUAUGGAGGGGAGAGAGGAAAACCCCGGGCCUGGGGAGAGAGGACAAACCCCGGGCCUGUGAGAAGGCUGGAGGUUACAGUAUGGAGGGGAGAGAGGACAAACCCCGGGCCUGUGAGAAGGCUGGAGGUACAGUAUGGAGGGGAGAGAGGACAAACCCUGGGCCUGUGAGAAGGCUGGAGGUACAGUAUGGAGGGGAGAGAGGACAAACCCUGGGCCUGUGAGAAGGCUGGAGGUACAGUAUGGAGGGGAGAGAGGACAAACCCUGGGCCUGUGAGAAGGCUGGAGGUACAGUAUGGAGGGGAGAGAGGACAAACCCUGGGCCUGUGAGAAGGCUGGAGGUAGGAUGGAGGGCGGAGAGGCUAGGGGAGAGAGGACAAACCCUGGGCCUGUGAGAAAGCUGGAGGUACAGUAUGGAGGGGAGAGAGGACAAACCCUGGGCCUGUGAGAAAGCUGGAGGUACAGUAUGGAGGGGAGAGAGGACAAACCCCGGGCCUGUGAGAAGGCUGGAGGUACAGUAUGGAGGGGAGAGAGAACAAACCCCGGGCCUGUGAGAAGGCUGGAGGUACAGUAUGGAGGGGAGAGAGGACAAACCCCGGGCCUGUGAGAAGGCUGGAGGUAGGAUGGGUCAGACAGUACAGUACAGACAGUACAAUACAGUGAGGAUAAUAACAUCUCAAAUAAAGCCUAUUAUCUGACCAGUUGUAAUUUUUCUGUGCUAUAAUGUAAAGUGAUACCACAUAGGAUUUUCAAGAUGGUCUAAAGGCAAGCAAUGUCUACAAGAUGAAGCUAGAAUGUAGAUAUCCUCAGACAUUUUAUCCCUGAUGAACUUUGGUAUAAAAAAACUGAGAUGUCAAGUGUGGCAAACAAUUAUCAAUUUGUUUUACAUGCAACUUGAGUAUCAAAACGAAUAGUAACUUACUGAUCGUAUUUGUUAAUGUAAUUUAACCGCUCCCAACCUUCACUGAACAAAUAUUUGAAUUUAGCUGAGCAAAUCACUUAUUUUCUUUACUAUAGCUUUUCUUUUUAGGUGAGAGCCCUCUCAACCCAUCUAAUAAUUAAAGAAAAUACAGUAUAUCGAACUGCACAAUUAGCAGCUCCAAUUGUACGUUUAAUAAAUUUAAAGUGCGUGUCGUGUAGCCUAUUUGCCGUCCUCGUAUGAAUAUGAUUUGCAUGGCUCAGGGAGGCGAUGUUUAAUGAGCAAAUUCCAGCUAAAAUGCUAUAUUGAUUUUCUUACUGAACUUUGUAAUGGCUUACAGCGAGGCUCACUGUUUAUCAUUAAGCCAUCUCUGAGAGAGUAGAGGAAUUAGCUGUUGAUGGAUCUCAGGGGCUCUUUCGUAGUGGGAUUAACAAAGGGAUCUGAAGACAGUGGUAAUCCCAAAAUCUGCUGGUUUUAAGGCAGCCGGCAUACAGUGCAGGAAUUUCGGAUCCCGGGUCAGGUGUAAGCUGAAGGGAAAUCUCUCCCUGCCAGGCUACAGAGUCUGUAUCAAUAAGAAAAGUUUUCCCUCCAUGAGUGGGACAGACAGAAUUACAUAAAAGUAAUCAUAAAAGCACUCAUGGAUGGACUAUUUUUCUUUUUGUCUAACUCAGUAUGUGGUCAUCAUAACUCAAACUCAAUUUGGCAACACAUUAGACAAAUAAUUUCACAGCUCACUCUCACUAAAACAUGUCCAGUUUUCAGACAUUAGAAGAACACAAUGUUUUUGGCUCGAAAAGGUUUGUUCAACCUUGUUUAUCAAAUCCAAUGUCUUGAGUUAGGGUUAAGGACCGGCCAAUCUCUUAACCAUUGUGAGAUGAUGAGUACUUGCUAAUGUUGUGACAAAAUGUACACCAACUGCCUGUCUCUGAGGUACAGUAUCACUGUGUCUUUAUUGCUUGGGGCAACUAUAUGUCCAACCUCUGUGGAGACCUGCACCAGUUCACUUCCCCACCAAAUGAGUUUGACUGGAGUUAAUACCAGUGCCACAGUGUUUCAGUGGCAAUAACCUCCUUCCACAGGGAGCUUAUCAUUGUUAUUGAGCAGUAAAUGAUGGUCAGAAACUAAGAACAAUGCUUCCUCUCUCUUUAUAUCUAUCUCUCUUUCUCUUUCCCUCUCUCUCUUUUACAAUUUCUUUAUUUUUUCUAUUUCCAUUAAUAUUCCUGUCUCUUUCUCUCUGUCCCCUCUCUCUCUCUCUCUUUCUCUGUCUCUCUGUCUCUCUCCUUCAGCCCUAGUGGAGGAGAUCUACCAGGCUCAGAAGGAUAGGGACCAGGCAGUGAUGGCCCGGCUUCGUCUGGCAAACGAGGAGAGGGACGAGGCCCUGCUCAGGGCCAAGCACCUGCAGCAGGCGGUGGCUGAGUAUGUGCUAAAGCACCGCAACACACCACAACAUAGUAAACAACAACACACCACAACAUAGUAAACAACAACACACCACAACAUAGUAAACAACAACACAUCACAACAUAGUAAACAACAACACACCACAACAUAGUAAACAACAACACACCACAACAUAGUGAACAACAACACACCACAACAUAGUAAACAACAACACACCACAACAUAGUAAACAACAACACACCACAACAUAGUAAACAACAACACACCACAACAUAGUAAACAACAACACACCACAACAUAGUAAACAACAACACACCACAGAGCAGGGUUGGGGUCCAUUCCAUGACAAUUCAGGAUAUAAACUGAAAUUCAAUUUCCAAGUUUCCUAAUUUUCUCAACCCUGGCACAUAGACCCAUUCUGCUUAACUAACUCACCUCUCCCUCAUCUUCUCUGUCGGAAUCCAUUUUAAUUCAGUCAAUUCAGAGUGUAACUUACAUUUCAAGGAACAUUUGAAUUUUGAUUUCCUGAAAUGAAUCAAUGGGAAAUGGUGUUGUUGACCCCCAACCCUACCACACAGGGCCACUCUGAUCAGCUAAGACACCUGUCUCCCUCCCUCCUCUGUCCUUCACAACACCAGCAGUACAGAGAGAAGUUGGGAAAUAAAUUGGAGAAGGCGGUCAAUGAGAUAAUAGUGAAAAGCAUUCGAUUUUCUCUCUCUCUCUCUCUCUCUCUCUCUCUCUGUCUCUCUACUGUCUCUCUCUCCUCUCUCUCUCUCUCUCUCUCUCUCUCUCUCUCUCUCUCUCUCUCUCUCUCUCUCUCUCUCUCUCUCUCUCUCUCUCUCUCUCUCUCUCUGUCUCUCUUCUCUCUCUGCUAAACUCUUUGUUAUUUCCUCACUCCCCCAUUUUCUUCUUCUUCCUAUGGAAGUGGUGACGGAGGAUUUACUGACCGCUAUAAUGGGUCAGUUUGUUUACUUGCCGUUGCUUAGACGAACUCCGCGUUGUGCUUCAGGCUGGUCGACAAGGUGAAUUAAUGGAAUGGGGGAGGGGGGAUGCAAUAUCGACUGGUUUGGAAAUAUAUCGGAGGGGUGUGACAUUUCAUAAGAGUCCCCUCGCCCUCCGUGCGAGGUUGUCAGUCAAGAGUUGCACUGUAUAGGAAAUCAAUCAAGUCCUUCAGACCAGCAGAUCUUUACCAGCCUGUCUGAAGAGGGCUAAUUAAUGUGAUAUUUUUUUUGUUUAGGUGGUUGUUCGUCUGUACUUAGGUAGCAGGACCUUUCCAAUUAAAGCUGCAUUGUCCACUAGGAAAGGGUGUAGGCAGGCAGGCAUUAUUAGCUGGUGCAGUUUAGAAGUAAUUACAUUUCUACUUAAGGGAAUAUAUAACUUUCUGUCGGAAGCAAAUCUAUAUUUCAAUAAGCCUUGGUAUGCUGGUUGGUGUGAGAUCCACUUGAAAAAAAUUAUUGGGAUUUGCACAAAACCCAUUGUUGUUGUUUAAAAAAAAUAUCCAAUGCAUUGUUUACUAUAAAACAGUUGUCAAACACAUUUUUAUCUCCUAACACAUUUAUUUGAUAUUGCCUUUUAUUUGAAUUAUUUAAAUGAUUUAAAUUGGCUGGACUUGGUUGGCAUGAAGCACAUUCAGUUAGCCUAAUAUUAUGCCAAAUAGCCUGGCAAUCUAAUUAGAAAAACAUCCCAUUUCAUCUCUUCAUGCUUUUCAGCGGCGUCUCCCAGCCUUCCUCUUAGAAAGAAAAGGUAAUUGAUAGCCAAGCACAAUCCCAUUAUAGCUGGAAUAUGGAAAAGCAUGUUCUAAACCUUUAUAUUCCCUGGCAGGUCAGUGGCAGGCCCAGUAUGAUUGAGUAUGUACCUUUAUAAUGGGAGGUGAUCCAUAUAAUGCCUUUGUAAAUGAGCUGAAUAAUUUUUGUUUUUUUCCCAGAGAGGAGAGGACCGACUGAUUGGCUUGCUGGGGGAAAUCACAUUGGCACUUUAAAGGUGCAAUCAGCAUUCUGUUCUCAGCAAGCGUUCUCCCCGCCACUGUUUCAGUGAAAAGCCGAGGGAUGGGGCUGGUUAAAUUUUACCACUAUCAAAUUCCUAUGGGCCCUUUUCAAAAGUAGUGCACUAUAAAGGGAAUAGGGUGCCAUUUGGGACGCAGACAGGGAGAGGUGCCUCGACAGGUAGAUGUUGAAACGGGGUGCAAAGAGCCAUGUCCUGUCCUGAUUUAAGCCAGAGGAAAGCUGGUGUUAUUGAUAUGCUAAAUGAGUUUUCUUGUUGAAUUGUAUUUUGAUUAAUACAAUUUUUUUGUAAAUCGCUUCAGUCUCAAUUUAUAAAAAACUAAAACAUUUAACAAGCAAUAUCAUUUUAUUGUUGUUUCCCACUGGUUUAGUUCUGGUUGUUAGCUAGAAAAACAUUCUGAUGAAGGUAGAUUGAGACCAGUGUGCUGGAGUUUUUCUUCUUUUUGAUUGUUAGCAAAAAAAAUUACUGAGUGUUUGAGGUGGUCCAUAAAUCUCCUGACACACUGCUGUAAUUACAGUAAUAUUUUCCCUGUAUAGGUGUUCAAUACUGCAAACCUACAAAUGAUUCAACCCCUCAUCUCAGCACAUAUGAACAAUUGAUCCCAGGAGUCAUAUAUAGCAGUAAACAUGAAUGUACGAGGGAAUAAUGGCUGGGGUCUGCUGGCACCUUUCAUAUGUUGGGGGUGUCUUUUGUUCUGAUCACCGACUCUGAAAACCAACAGAACGCAAUAAUUAGAUGUGAGGAAGAUUUGGGAAGUGAUCUCAUUUUGCCGCACUAAGGAAAGGAAACUCUCUCUCCUCUUUCUCUCCCCCUCUCUCUCUGUCAUCUCUCCCCCUUUCUCUCUCUAUGUCUCUCUCUCUCUCUCUCUUCCCCCUCUUCUCAGCCUGGAGAAUAUUAACCCUGAGGAAAGUGAUGCGGUAAGACCUCCCCUUAGGAGCUCAUGUGGGCUCAUUUUUCUCACCAGAAUGUCCUCAAUAAAAAGGUAUCAGGAAACAAAGGACAGCUAAGCACAUUUCAGCGCUAUGAUAUUGUUAUUUUAGGAUGUUAUGUUAACAUCUCCUUAAAAAAAUAUAUUGACAAUAAAUAUAUUGUUAUUAUUGGCUUAUGAAGGUUUGACAUUUUUAACAUGAAUUCAGAUAUAUCCUACAUGUGCACAAACCUAUGCACCACUUCUGAGAACUGAUCUUUUUGCACCUGUAGCAUCUGCAUAUUAUUAUUAUUUUUGUUUGUUUUGUGUGUUUUUUUCAUAUUGGUCAGUUGUCGUUGUUGUUGAAUUAGGAACGCUAUCUGUGUGUGUGUUACACACACGUGUGUGUGUCGUGUGUGUUGCACCUGCGUGUUGUAUGUGUGUGUGUGUUAGGACCUUGAGGAGCUGCUGAACAGGGUGAACAGUGCAGAUUCAGCGCUGGGUAUUGAGCGCAGCGGGGUGGUGAUCGUGGACCGGCUGCAGAAGGCCCGGGAGAGGAGGAGGAAGAUUACAGCAGAGGAGAUGAACGCUGUUAUAGAGGAGAGAGAGACAGCACUGGCCAGGGUGGGUCUGAACGACACUACACACAAAUUACACACACUUACAAACACAGUCGUUAUACAUUUACAUUUUAGACAUUUAGCAGACGCUCUUAUCCAGAGCGACUUACAGUUAGUGAAUACAUAUUUUUUUAUACUGGCCCCCCGUGGGAAUCAAACCCACAACCCUGGCGUUGCAAACGCCAUGCUCUAUCAACUGAGCUACAUCCCUGCCGGCCAUUCCCUCCCCUACCCUGGACGACGCUGGGCCAAUUGUGCGCCGCCCAUGAGUCUCCCGGUCGCGGCCGGCUGCGACAGAGCCUGGAUUCGAACCAGGAUCUCUAGUGGCACAGUUAGCACUGCGAUGCAGUGCAUUAGACCACUGUGCCACUCAGGAGAGUUAUAGAGGAGAGAGACCUGUCUACCUUUCAUUGUGUCAAUGUUUAAGAAAUCCACUAUACUGUCUCUCCUCUGAAUACUGCAAAAAGCUGAUAUCUUCAACAAUAUUGACAUCUCCUCCCAUUUUCUCAAUUUUAAAAGGCCCUUUGAUUGGAAGUCUAUUUUGCCAACACACACUGACACACAUAGGCAAACACGGCUCACCCAACUAGUUCACAUGUACACGAGGCAAGCAAUCUCUUCCCCCUCUCAAACAGACACACACGCAGGGGUUUUGUCUGAUGUUAUCUGUUUGAUUUAGUAAAACCAACUACUUGAUUCGCAUUUGAGGUUAUGGUAGUGUAACCUCCAAAUAUUUGAUACAUCAAUCUUACGUGAAUAUUUUCAACGAUUUUAAAACAAACAAGCAGUCUGACAAAUAUUGACAUCCAGAUAUUAUACCUCAACAUCGGUAUUUGCUUGGAUAUCUGUGAUGGUUAUAUAUAGACUAGACCUCUCAUGUAGUUAUUCAGUGUCCUGUUUUACAACUGGGUUUGUUUGAGGAGAGUUAUGCAGACAGGCCACCUUCUUGUGCCAAUGUGCAAACCAAGUAAACAAGGCUUAAUAAAAUUGGAACGUGUCACAGCCCCACAGUAUUACUGUUGACCAAAUCACCAGAGAAAUCCCAAAAUUAUUGUUUAGGGCAGGGGUUCCAAACUUUUUCACUCAGGCCCCCUUUCUGGCAUUGGGGAACACCCCCCCCCCCCCCAAGCACUGUUCAUGACACAAACUGUUCACACCGCUCUUGUUGGCUGAGAGAAAAUGUUGCAGGUUUAAAGCAUAUGUCCUGCAAUUCUACACAUUUUGUCACAGGUUACAGAGAACAUUUUGCGAUUUUAAAGCUAAUUUCCUGCAAUUCGACACAUUUUCCCAUGUCUUAUGUGUGUUCAUGUGUUAUUUGAGUGACUCAAACAUUACAACAAAAAAUGAGCAAAUUUUUUUUUUUGCUGACAUGGGCUAGUUGAUCUGGACAUUUCUGCCAAGUUAUAAAUAGCUCUCUAAAGUAUGCAAUGACUGACAUGACAAGAGGAAAAGCUGAUGAUGCACUACCCAAUUUUGAAAUUGCACCUUAGAGAGCUAUUUAUAUUGUGUUCAAGAGUAAGUUGAAAGCCGGACUUCCUUCAAAAAUCUAGCAGAAAUCACCAUGUCAGAGCCUCGCUCGUCUCUAGGAUGGUGUGGUAAGAAUGUCAAUCAUAGCCCAGAGUUUUCAGCAGGAUACUACUGUGCAGGGAGUCAUACGGUCAUGCAUUCAUCUGGGUGGGUGGUCGCAGACAGAGCUACCAACUGUUUCUAGCUGGAGUUUGACAUUUUUCUCUGUAGCCUGGAUUUACCAGGCAUAUUUAUGAUUGGGAUGCUUCUUUUCUGCUUCCCUCUCUGUGGGUGAGCUGCAUGGAUCUCUGUCCCGUUCAGCCCGACGCCGAGGCAUUAAAAGGCAGGCAUCAGACGUGUGGAGAAGAAAGGCCUCCACAACUCCACUAUGCCUGCGUCCUAAAUGGCGCCCUAUUUUCCUAAAUAGUGCACUACUUUUGACUAGGGCCCAUAGGGCUCUGGUCAAAAGUAGUCCAUGAUAUAGGGAAUAGGGUGCCAUUUGGGACUAACCCUAUACGUAGACUGAACAGAUUCAGCUUCAUGGAGGUCACGCUACUCCAACUGGUCUAGAGCUAGUCUAGUUUCACAUGGCUGUUUGAGAUGAUGUUUCAGUUAAAACUUUAAACAGGAUCUCUAAUGGGUCAAUUUUUGUCACUGGGAGGUGUAUAAAUGUGUAAUAAAAGGGUUAUUUACAGUAACUUUUCUAGUAAUGCCAGGUUAGCUGUAUUGGUCCAACUUAGCUACUGUCGUACGUUUCAGUCAUAUAAUUAGAAUAUGGUUUCAGUAUUGUUUCACUGUGUUCUGAGACUCAGUAACAGAAGAACCACAGAACUAGAAUGAAUAGGACAGGCGUCCCUAUUCAAGUCAAUGACGCCAUAAUUGGUGGACUGGCAGCCUCAUUCUAUUUCUAUGAAAAGAACACUUGUGUCCUCUCCUGCUCAUUUGUCAUCAUUGGUUCAGUCUCUUCUCUCCUCUCUCAUCCACCUAUCUUAGUUAUCUUGUCCCAGGUGUUCACCAAGCCAUUUUAUGAGGCUUUUUUUUUACAAUGCCUAAAUCAAAGACUGUAUGUGGACUUUGGGGUCACUUCCCUUUGUUCAAAAUACAAGAUGGUGCAAUCAAGUUCUUCAACAUAUGAGAGCCUAAAUCUGAUUUGAAAAUGUGUUGAUUCUCCAGAUUUGUACACAUAUACAGCAUAUGUGCUAUAUUACUAAAAUCUAGUAAUCAACUGACCAAUGCAACGACUCAAGUUCAUAGAAGCCAGUCAAUGAAUUUGAGGUUGAGUCAAGUUUUCAGGUUGUCAAUGAGGGAGAUGUCGCCAGUCUUCUUAGUGCCUCUGACUUUAACACAAGGCUGAGUGGGAGCAACCAGCAGAGCUCAACCCUAGACUACAACCAUAUCUCCACAAAACCCCAGGCUAACAUCACAUUCACAUCUCCUGGAAAAAUAUUGCCCCUGCUUUUUGUGGAGGGCAAUAAAAUCCUCUUUGGAGCAAUUUUAAAAGUAUGUUACAAAUGCCUGUUCCUAAUCCCUGUGAGGCGGAGACGGGUCUCCACACUCUAUCCUGAAGGAUUUCUCCGUCCCCUGCCGCUCUUUCUAUCCCACUCUUCAUCUCGAAGGGAUUAGCCCACUGCGACUACCAGAGGGCCGCUACAUCCACCAGCCUGCUGGAAUAUGAAAAGCUGGAUAAGUGUAGGGAGGAGGGAGGAACAGCAAUACAUCUAUUCUACACCCGCACUUCUUCUUUUCUCUCUAUAAAGUGAAUGCAACAAUACAAAGGUUAUUAAUUUGUUAGGUACCUGGCAGUAUGGUUACUUUAGUGAAUAUUAUAAACUGGUGGUUCGAGCCCUGAAUGCUGAUUGUCUGAAAGGCGUGGUAUAUCAGACUGUAUACCAUGGGUAUGACAAAACAUUUAUUUUUACUGCUCUAAUUACGUUGGUAACCAGUUUGUAAUAGCGAUCAGGCACCUCGGGGGUUUGUGAUAUAUGGCCAAUAUACCACGGCUAAGGGAUGUGUCCAGGUACUCCGCGUUGCGUCGUGCGUAAGAACAGCCCUUAGCCAUGUUAUACAGUGCCUUCGGAAAGUAUUCAGACCCCUUGACUUUUUCCACAUUUUGUUACAUUAUAGCCUUAUUCUAAAAUUGAUUAAAUCGUUUUUUCCCCUCAUCAAUCUACACACAAUCCCCAUAAUGACAAAGCAAAAAUAGGUUUUUAUAAAAUGUUGCUAAUUUAUUUAAAAAAAUAUAUAUAUAUAUCUCACAUUUACAUAAGUAUUCAGACCCUUUACUCAGUACUUUGUUGAAGCACCUUUGGCAGGGAUUACAGCAUCGAGUCUUCUUGGGUAUGACGCUACAAGCUUGGCACACCUGUAUUUGGGGAGUUUCUCCCAUUCUUCUCUGCAGAUCCUCUCAAGCUCUGUCAGGUUGGAUGGGGAGCGUUGCUGCACAGCUAUUUUCAGGUCUCUCCAGAGAUGUUCGAUUGGGUUCAAGUCCGGGCUCUGGCUGGGCCACUCAAGGACCUUCAGAGACUUGUCCCGAAGCCACUCCUGCGUUGUCUUGGCUGUGUGCUUAGGGUCAUUGUCCUGUUGGAAGAUGAACCUUCGCCCCAUUCUGAGGUCCUGAGCACUCUGGAGCAAGUUUUCAUCAAGGAUCUCUCUGUACUUUCCUCCGUUAAUCUUUUCCUCGAUCCUGACUAGUCUCCCAGUCCCUGCCGCUGAUAAUCAUCCCCACAGCAUGAUGCUGCCACCACCAUGCUUCACCCUAGGGAUGGUGCCAGGUUUCCUCCAGAUGUGAUGCUUGGCAUUCAGGCAAGGAGUUCAAUCUUGGUUUCAUCAGACCAGAGAAUCUUGUUUCUCAUCGUCUGAGAGUCUUUAGGUGCCUUUUGGCAAACUCCAAGCGGGCUGUCAUAUGCCUUUUACUGAGGCGUGGCUUCUGUCUGGCCACUCUACCAUAAAGGCCUAAUUGGUAGUGUGCUGCAGAGAUGGUUGUCCUUCUGGAAGGUUCUCCCAUCUCCACAGAGGAACUCUAGAGCUCUGUCAGAGUGAUCAUCGGGUUCUUGGUCACCUCCCUGACCAAGGCCCUUCUCCCCCGAUUGCUCAGUUUGGCCGGGCAGCCAGCUCUAGGAAGAGUCUUGGUGGUUCCAAACUCCUUCCAUUUAAGAAUGAUGUCGGCCACUGUGUUCUUGGGGACCUUCAAUGCUGCAGAAAUGUUUUGGUACCCUUCCCCAGAUCUGUGUCUCGGAGCUCUAUGGACAAUUUUCUUUGACCUCAUGUCUUGGUUUCUGCUCUGACAUGCACUGUCAACUGUGGGACCUUAUAUAGACAGGUGUGUGCCUCUCCAAAUCAUGUCCAAACAAUUGAAUUUACCACCGGUGGACUCCAAUCAAGUUGAAUGAUGAGCCUCUGAUUUGAUUGACCGUGUGAUGCACGUGUGUUUUCAGACAUAAUGCGCCGAACAUAUGUAACGCUAGGUAAUCCGUGUCUGCUCCGUGCUCCAUGUGUUCCACGGGUGAUAUGUUUGGGUGCCGUACUGUAGACCCAGGAGUGGCCUUCCUAGCCUGCCUGUCUGUGAAGAGUAGAGAGGUGCGCUCCUGCUCUCUGUGUUCUGAUUUAAAUACGUUUAGUCCAAAACAUCUGUUGCCUGUAAGCCAUAACUCAUCCUGACACUAAAGAGAAGCUUUGUGUUUUGUCUGGACCAGGGAACUAUUAUUCCAGACGGCAGAGGAAGAGGAUGGGGGGACGAGAGCAGAGAGCGGGGCUCCUAGGCUGCGCCCGCCUGCUCUUGUUUGCAGGAGGACUUUGGGGUUUUUAGGCAGCUGGAUGUUGAAACAUUGCGACUUGUCAGGGAGAGAGGGAUGGUUUACAUUCCUGGUAACUGUCCUUUAGUCUUAGAAUGUGCACAUGGAGAAGAGCACAUAUGGACUGGUAUAAAACAACUCUGGCUUACAAUAAUACUGAGACGUUCUGACUGAGCCGCGGUCUGUGCCACAGUCUGGGUGUUUAUACUGUCUGUCUAUCUGUCUGUCUGUCAGUGUAGUCUACAGUGCCUGUGGAAAAAAGCAGGGGAACUGCUGACAUCAGUGUAGAUAACAAUCACAUAGUAUGUAGUAAUUCAUGUUGUGUUUAUGGUAUUGAAAAACAUAACAUUUGAUAAUUAUUUUUAAAUACUUUUAUGAAAGCGUCAGUGUCAUCAAAGUAUUGCAUGUUAUUAAUUCAUUAAAUAAUGUAUUUAUAAAUGCUGGAGAAUAAAGGUCAACAGAUAUACAUUUGAAAACAAGGCAUCUCUGUGAUCUUUUCAAACGGUUGUAACAGUUCGGUUUGGCCUAUAAAUUCUCCAUUUCCCUUUGUCCGUAACAGAGAGCUACUGGUGGGAAAGACUGGCUGAAGCAUGCAUACAUUUAACUCUGCCUGCCUGGUAUGCCGAGGCUUUCACUGCACUGCGAAGGGUGAAUUCCCUACUAAUAUAUUUCAAGUGAUUAUUUCCCCUUCUCUUCCUCUGGCUCUUCUUCCACAGUGCAAGCGGCUGGAGCAGGAUCUCCUACAGACGAGAGAGCAGAGCCAGACUUCAGCCAACAACUUGAGACAGCUGACUGCCGAAAACAAUCAAGAGCGUUCUCGGAAGGUAAAUCUACACCCCCCCCCUUCGCCCCUCUCGCCAAAGAAUCCUUGCAAAUUAAGGCUUCGUGCAGCACAGGUUAUCCUUCACUAGGGUCGCGUUCCAAAUGGCACCCUUUUCCCUAUAUGGUGCACUACAAAAGUAGUGCACUAUAAAGGGAAUAGGGUGCCAUUUGGGCCUAGCAGUCUGUACAUGAAUACAUGGGGUGUGUACAUUACUGUGCCCAGCUCAGUGCUGCUGUUUGCCAACAACUCCGUCUUUAAAUAUGGCCUCCCCCACCCCUACUACAGUAUGCUGGGGUCUUAUUUAGAUACCAACCCCUAAACCAAAACCAGCCCUGCCCCCACACACCACAUUUCCAUUUUUAUUUUCCUCACAGGUAAAAUUGUAUUGUUUAUUCAACCACUCACUGUUUGCUUGUUUUGGCCCUUAUUUGGCCUGGUGAUCUAAAGCAAUAGAGCUGUUGGUUGGGUGAUCCAACCACAUAUUUGAUGGGAUUUAGAAUGACAUCAUCAACAAGGGCUGGGGACAUAAUGUCACACACACACCAACACACACACGUGUCCCCUCCAGUGAGGUACAGGGUAAACACAAGACUAUUUGAUUUCUUCCAUUUAUCUGAUGACGCAGUGCCCCUAUGCUUAAUGCAGAGCGAGUGAGCUGUAAACAUGCUCAUUAGAUAGGGCUAGCUAGGUAAACGGUGUCACCCCACCGAUGAGCCUGAAGUAGCAAGGUUGCCUGAGAGGUCACAUGAUGGUCCCAUUGAGAAAAGGAUUGUCAGAGUAUACAGUAGAUUACGCUGCUAUUUGUUUGCAGUCAGGCCUAUUCUGGCUAGUGCUUGCCUUGCUUGCUUGCUACUGCGCUGUGUGUAGUCAUUCACUGCUCUCCUCUCCUUGUCCUUUGGCUGACUGAGCUCUCGAGUCACCACCAAUUGGAAUUGAUAGAAAAAGCAAUAUACCACAGAAUUACCACAUAGCUAGCUCCCUUAUUGUUGACUCUGACCUAUUCCAACAUCUACAUUUUAUACAUCAUAUUCUCAUAAACAUUUGCUUUAGAAUUUUCAGAUGACUACUCUCUCUGGGUGUGAUUGCAACAUUUUGAAUCCUAUAUUUCACUAAUAGAAUUCAUGAUCAUGAAAAUCUCGGCAACAUUUUUAGGCGAGAAUGGUGAAACGGACACACCAGAUGUUUGUUGAUGAAAACAAUGAACAUGUUUGUGACUAGGAAUAUUGUGGUCGUUUAUUUAUUUCAGAUGACUAUGAUGAUUUCUUCUGCUUCAACUCAACUAUGAGAACCUCUGUCCAGUCUUCUUCUGUUCUUUCUUAAGGCUGCUUGCUGCCAGUAUUUGUACUCUUCUUCUUUAUUUCUUAGAAGGUUUCUCCAAUCUCCACUGAUGGCUUAUUAAGAAAUAUAUUACAUUUUGUUAUUAAUGUAGCACUUGGUUUUUCUAUAAAUCCCCUUAAUUAUAGAUUGGCUCCUGGGAUUACAGAGCAGGGUUUUUAAUUUAAAAUGAAACGGGAACAGCUGUCGUAAAAUUAGUCAACAGUGCCGGGAACAGAUCCACAAAACAAUUUAAAAACUCACAGAUCUUUGAUUCAUCAAUUGACAUUUUACUUUAAAGAAACCAGCUAAGAGAAAAUGACUUUUAAAAUGAUUUAAAAAUAGAAUGGUCGGUGUCAGAAAGUCUUCUGCUGAAAUCCAUCUUGACGUGCAGAAAAUGUACUCAUUUUAAAUCUAUAUUUUCUAUAACUGCAUGAAAUGACUCUCUGAAUACUCAUAACCUUACUGGUUUAUGUUCUAAAGAAUUAUAGAAACAGGGACAGGGAACAUGGCCAACCCAACAUUCCCAAUUUGUUAACAUUUUAAGAUCCCCAGACUUGCAUUUGAUCAUGACACCAAAUCCUUCCCUAUCAUGACUAAGUAAUGUCAAGUAGAAGUGUUGUGGAGGAGCAGGCUGAAUCUGAGCUGCUAGGGCUAGAGGAGGAAGCAGUCGUAAUGAUUAACUGCAUUGGCAAGGCGGGGAGAGGAGAGGAGCAUUGCGGUGCGAUCAUUCUGGGCUGUCAGUGCUUGAAAGAAAAGCUGGUGUGCAAACACAGGUGGUUCAGGGCUAGGGCAGCCACUACAACAGACCUCUUGAAAUGACCUGAGCAUUGAGAGCAAUGAGAACCCCUCAACCCCGGCCCUCUCCUCUCCACCCCUGCCAUUUCAGAGGGCCCUAAAGUCACAGACAUCUACUCCGCUCAAGACCACACACACACACUCUCUCACACACACAGAGAUUUAGGACCCACUUACAGAGCGUCCUUGAGAAGACUGAAGAACUUGUUCUCUCACAGGCACUCACAGACGAAAACAUGAUUUUUCUGUUUUUUAUAUACAUUUCCAUCCACACUGAGGUUGGAAUAAUACUGUGAAAUUGUGAAAAUGAUAAUGCCCUCUUAGUGUAAGUUUGAAAAGACCGCCUGAGAUUUCAGCCUGUUUUGGUGGGAUGGUGUUUUGGCCUGCCUGGUGACAUCACUAUGCUGUACAUUAUCAAAUUUGAUUUGAUUUUUGAUUUGAAUUAGUUAAUAGACCAAUAAGAAAGAGACCAAAGCUCUCUGCCAAUAACAGCUCGUUUUCAGUUUUCCCCUCCCCACUCAGACCACUCCCAGACAGUCCUAGCUAAAUUCUUGCUUGGGAAAUUGCUCUUUCUUUUUCUUUUUGACUGUUUUAAUUGAAAACAAUCACAGUAAGGUACUUAAUUGUUACCCAGAAAUGAUUUGAUAUUGAGAUAAAAACAGCUGCAUUGGACCUUUUAAAAACUUAAAAUAAGAUCUGAUACCCACAGCUUGAUACUACUGUUUGUUGAAGACAUUAUCAUGAAAGCACAGUCAUCAUAGACUUGCUCAUUAACUAGCCCUCAGUUUAAUGUGAAUGCAGGUACAUUACUUGUUGCUGGGGUCUAGUGUGUCAAGGGCUUAGUUGCCAGGUGUUGUCUCUGGCUGUCACUAUCUCUUUGAUUGAUGACCAUUAACAUUAACAGGUGAUUCAGACUGGAGGAGGAAAGGCAGUACAAUUUGACCCUAGUUUAAAUUCAAUUAUUCUAAUGAAAUGGUCACUACAGAUGAAUAAGGAGAAUGUUGAGAACAUAGUCCAGAAUAAAACGUCAAUAUACAUAUACAGUACCCAAAAAAAAUGUGGACACCUACUCAUUCCAGGGUUUUUCUUUAUUUGUACUAUUUUCUACAUUGUAGAAUAAUCAUGAAGACAUCAAAACUAUGAAAUACCACAUAUGGAAUCAUGUAGUAACCAAAAAAGUGUUAAACAAAUUAAAAUAUAUGUUAUAUUUGAGAUAAGCAAAGAGAAACGACAGUCCAUCAUUACUUUAAGACAUGAAGGUCAGUCAAUCCAGAACAUUUCAAGAACAUUGAAAGUUUCUUCAAGUGCAGUCACAAAAACCAUCAAGUGCUAUAAUGAAACUGGCUCUCAUGGAGACCGCCACAGGAAAGGAAGACCCAGAGUUACCUCUGCUGCAGAGGAUAAGUUCAUUAGAGUUACCAGCCUCAGAAAUUGCAGCCCAAAUAAAUGCUUCACAGAGUUCAAGUAACAGAUGCAUCUCAACAUCAACUGUUCAGAGGAGACUUCGUGAAUCAGGCCUUCAUGGUCGAAUUGCUGCAAAGAAAGCACUAUUACAGGACACCAAUAAUAAGAAGAGACUUGCUUGGGCCAAGAAACACGAGCAAUGGACAUUAGACCGGUGGAAAUCUGUCCUUUGGUCUGAUGAGUCCAAAUGUGAGAUUUUCGGUUCCAACCGCCGUGUCUUUGUGAGACGCAGAGUAGGUGAACGGAUGAUCUCUGCAUGUGUUGUUCCCACCGUGGAUCAUGGAGGAGGAGGUGUGAUGGUGUGGGGGUGCUUUGCUGGUGACACUGUCAGUGAUUUAUUUAGAAUUCAAGGCACACUUAACCAGCUUUGCUUCCACAGCAUUCUGCAGCGAUACGCCAUCCCAUCUGGUUUGCGCUUAGUGGGACUAUCAUUUGUUUUUCAACAGGACAAUGACCCAAAACACACCUCCAGGCUGUGUAAGGGCUGUUUGACCAAGAAGGAGAGUGACAGAGUGCUGCAUCAGAUGACCUGGCCUCCACAAUCACCCGACCUCAACCCAAUUGAGAUGGUUUGGGAUGAGUUGGACCGCAGAGUGAAGGAAAAGCAGCCAACAAGUGCUCAGCAUAUGUGGGAACUCCUUCAAGACUGUUGGAAAAGCAUUCCAGGUGACUACCUCAUGAAGCUGGUUGAGAGAAUGCCAAGCGUGUGCAAAGCUGUCAUCAAGGCAAAGGGUGGCUAUUUGAAGAAUCUCAAAUAUAAAAUAUAUUUUGAUUUGUUUAACAAUUUUUUGGUUACUACAUGAUUCCAUGUGUUAUUUCAUAUUUUUGAUGUCUUCACUAUUAUUCUACAAUGUAGAAAAUAGUAAAAAUAAAGAAAAACCCUUGAAUGAGUAGGUGUGUCCAAACUUUUGACUGGUACUGUAUAUUAGAUAUUCUAUUUAUAUAUAUCAACAAAGUCCACAUCAGUCAAUAGUUUGUUGUGUGUCAUAACAGAUGCAGCUUUCCAUAGAUUGAUCUUCCCAGUUCCCACCGAGUCAGAAAUGCCAGCCAGUCCCUGCUGCCAAUCUGUUGCACUUUGGCCCCAUCCGCCCCACCACCGGCUGUCUGCCCUGCAACCUCCUGUACUGUACCUCUAAAAGGUCAUGCUAGUUAUUCUCCUUCACAAGCCUGCCUGCCUGCCUUCAUCACAACAGGUUAACCCGCUACUCUGUCAACCUCAUUUGGAUAUUAUUCUAAUGAAUGCUGAUAUAAUACAUAUGAUUAAAAGAACCUGGCUUUGAAGUCAAGCUCUCCUCCCUGUUGGUGAAAAGUACAUAUUGACUUUAGAGGUUGGCCCCUUUUUGAUGUUCUCUUUGACUUGGGAGACCUUGGUGCCAGUAAUUAGAAUGAUGGUUCUGGAGAACCGAGGGGAAGCUGCAUGUACUUAGUCAGGCCAAAGGUGUUUAUAGCAGCAGACCAGACCGCAGCCCAGUGCACAUAUGGUUUCAGCCUCUACAAUCCUUGUCCAAGUCAUAAAAGGCUUAAAAAAGGAGGUGCUUUUGAAUUUUUUUCCCCACGACAUCUUUAUGAUAUUAUUUUUUUUUAAAGGGAGGUACUUUCUGAAUUUGUCCAAUAAGAACACAGAUUUCCCUGUUGUCCAAUCCUCUUCUCCGGUCACAGAUUUAGACAAAACCCCUCCAAGCUCUCUCCCUCUUCCGCUAUCACACAGAAGCUAUAGAUAUUGCGGUCAUUUACAGUAUGGCCCUGCCUGCCUUGUUUAUUUGGACAUCCUCCAUUGUUUCCUCCUCUCCCAGCUGUUGAGACCAUCAAUACAUCUGUUUCAACGGCUGCUAAUUAGCAGGGUCUUUAUUGUGGGCCAGGUUUAACCACAGGGUUGCCCAGGACACUCUCACAAGCACAACCACACAUUCACUCACACACACAAACACUGUUUACCCAGCGUCCCCUGCUCCCACCCACCGCCGCUACCCGGCCCGCCGGCCUCCCUUCCCGGUAGGCCCUCUGAGUAGGUGCUGAGUGGAGAGACAAUAGCAUGAAUGGGAUCCCCUCAGAGCAGCCUCAUUGUGUUGGAUGCUCCCUGUGUGCUGCUGGGCCUGCUGGCGCUCUACAUGCGCUGAAUUUAAACGCAGUUAAAAGACAUACGCUGCUACGCUGCAGACAUGGAUAGUUCUCUGUGUGAGAGGAAUCAUUGAUGUUACGUUUGCAGCCUCGGCCUCAGUAGGAAAACUACUGUGAGAACCUGUAAAGAAGUGAUACUUCAGCUGCAUUUUAACAUGGUUUGGUUUUGACUGAACUACUUUUUCCAGUGUUCAGAAACAGAAUUCAUAAGUGUGUUAACUUUAUUGUCAAAUCAAAAUGUUCAAAAUGCAAGAGCAUUUGUGAAUGUCUUCUUUCACAAAGAGACAGACAUGGAUUAAUAGCAUUGAUUAAACCACCCGAGCACAAUGCCACUUAACUGCUGCAAGCUAUGUUUGUCAAACUCUGAUGGGAUGUCUGUGUGUCUGUCCCUUGUGUUUUUACCAGAAGGUGCUGGAGAUAGAAAUCUCUUGUGUAGAACAUAUAUAACUACAGUGAGGGAAAAAAGUAUUUGAUCCCCUGCUGAUUUUGUACGUUUGCCCACUGACAAAGAAAUUAUCAGUCUAUAAUUUUAAUGGUAGAUUUAUUUGAACAGUGAAAGACAGAAGAACAACAAAAAAAUCCAGAAAAACGCAUGUCAAAAAUGUUAAAAAUUAAUUUGCAUUUUAAUGAGGGAAAUAAGUAUUUGACCCCCUCUCAAUCAGAAAGAUUUCUGGCUCCCAGGUGUGUUUUAUACAGGUAAUGAGCUGAGAUUAGGUGAACACUCUUAAAGGGAAUGCUCCUAAUCUCAGUUUGUUACCUGUAUAAAAGACACCUGUCCACAGAAGCAAUCAAUAAAAUCAGAUUCCAAACUCUCCACCAUGGCCAAGACCAAAGAGCUCUCCAAGGAUGUCAGGGACAAGAUUGUAGACCUACACAAGGCUGGAAUGGGCUACAAGACCAUCGCCAAGCAGCUUGGUGAGAAGGUGACAACAGUUGGUGCGAUUAUUCGCAAAUGGAAGAAACACAAAAUAACUGUCAAUCUUCCUCGGCCUGGGGCUCCAUACAAGAUCUCACCUCGUGGAGUUGCAAUGAUCAUGAGAACGGUGAGGAAUCAGCCCAGAACUACACGGGAGGAUCUUGUCAAUGAUCUCAAGGCAGCUGGGACCAUAGUCAACAAGAAAACAAUUGGUUACACACUACGCCGUGAAGGACUGAAAUCCUGCAGCGCCCACAAGGUCCCCCUUCUCAAGAAAACACAUAUACAGGGCCGUCUGAAGAUUGCCAAUGAACAUCUGAAUGAUUCAGAGGAGAACUGGGUGAAAGUGUUGUGGUCAGAUGAGACCAAAAUCGAGCUCUUUGGCAUCAACUACACUCGCCGUGUUUGGAGGAGGAGGAAUGCUGCCUAUGACCCCAAUAACACCAUCCCCACCGUCAAACAUGGAGGUGGAAACAUUAUGCUUUGGGGGUGUUUUUCUGCUAAGGGGACAGGACAACUUCACCGCAUCAAAGGGAUGAUGGACGGGGCCAUGUACUGUCAAAUCUUGGUUGAGAACCUCCUUCCCUCAGCCAGGGCAUUGAAAAUGGGUCGUGGAUGGGUAUUCCAGCAUGACAAUGACCCAAAACACACGGCCAAGGCAACAAAGGAGUGGCUCAAGAAGAAGCACAUUAAGGUCCUGGAGUGGCCUAAGCAGUCUCCAGACCUUAAUCCCAUAGAAAAUCUGUGGAGGGAGCUGAAGGUUCGAGUUGCCAAACGUCAGCCUCGAAACCUUAAUGACUUGGAGAAGAUCUGCAAAGAGGAGUGGGACAAAAUCCCUCCUGAGAUGUGUGCAAACCUGGUGGCCAACUACAAGAAACGUCUGACCUCUGUGAUUGCCAACAAGGGUUUUGCCACCAAGUACUAAGUCAUGUUUUGCAGAGGGGUCAAAUACUUAUUUCCCUCAUUAAAAUGCAAAUCAAUUUAUAACAUUUUUGACAUGCGUUUUUCUGGAUUUUUUUCUUGUUAUUCUGUCUCUCACUGUUCAAAGAAAUCUACCAUUAAAAUUAUAGACUGAUCAUGUCUUUGUCAGUGGGCAAACGUACAAAAUCAGCAGGGGAUCAAAUACCUUUUUUCCCUCACUGUAUCUGUGACAUUACAAUUGGUAAUCAUGUUCAAUCUAUUCAUUGCAUUUCUAUCUACAUCAUUCUGAACGUUCUGUCUGUCCGUUGUGUUGUGUAAACAACCAGAAAUCCUACAUCUAUAGGGGAUGUUCAGACUGGACGUUGUUCUCUUCUUGUCGACAUUUUUCCUUUUCCUAUUCUCUUACCAGGAGGACGUGGAGGCGGUCCAGAGAGAGAGAGACAGGGCCCUGGAGCACAGCCAGCAGCUGGAGGAGGAAAUACAAACACUGCGAACGUACCACAGGUGACACACACACACACUUCCCCUUUAAAAAUACUCACACACACUUCCCCGUUAAAAAUGCUACACCUUCACUAUCAUCUGCAUAGUGAAGAUUCAAAUAUAGGAAUCCCGAUCGGCAUAAGUGUACAUUCACAGUUAAUAGGAAUAUAUGGUUUAUUGCUGCUUGGUACAUUGAUAUGAUUUCUGCUGUGGUUACGCAGCUCCAAAUAUUGGGGAUUUAAAGGCACAACAGUGAAAUAUGAUAAGCGAUAUAUUCAUCUGCUUUGAUGUGACUUAGCAGGAUUUUAGUGGGAAGUCAUUUGUGUAAUCAUAUCAAUGAUAUAAUGAAAUGCUCAAUCAUGCAUUUUUCCAAUAAUACAUUUUAUGUCAUUUAUGUCAACAAAAAGUAUCCCAUCAUUUAUGAAACAACUGUAAAAUACUGACCCUAGUAAUAAAUUAUUAUAUUCCUGUGUCAUUUUGAAUCCCAUUCUGCACCAAUAAUACUAGCAGCAGGGAGAGUGUUACACAUUCAUGGGACCACAGAUCAUUUCCAUUUUAUUUGGCUGAAAGGGUUGGGGAUGUCACACCCCCAUUUUAACUUCUUAAUAAAAAAUAUGGCUGCACAGCAAGACAGAUCAGUGCUCUCCAACUUAUUAAAAAUGAGAAGCAUGUUCUGAGCCAGCUCUCCUUCCAACCUACUCUAAAAAAUCCAUAUUAAGAGCUAAAACUGGACCUCAUAUGCGUUGUUUGCUCUGGAUUGAGAUAACUAAAAUAAGUAAUUACACCCUAAUUAUACUUAUAAUAUUAAUCCGUGGGAACUCCUUAUUAGAAGUUCUGGAAAAUACAGAAAAAUAAGGAAAGGUUGCUUUUUUAUUUGUUUUAGCUUUAAUCCGCCAAUGACCGUUUUUGUCAUUUGUCAUUCAACGGAAGAAAUUAACACCUUAAAAAAUAGAAAAAAAACCAUGGGAAACUUGAACUUCCAGCAGUGUAGAUAUCCUUCAUUGUGUAUUUUCCAUUGGCUCAGAAAGUAGCCGAUCUGGUUUGGUAACAUGCAUCCUGUUCUUAAUGUGUCCCAUAUUCUGAUAGUAAGUUUUCUCUUUUGGUUUUAUCUGCAUCUCAUCUGUCACGUGGUGGAGUGUUUGUCUGGCGUUGGUUACCUCAGAGUGACAGAUCUAUGGUCCUAUUCCCACUACGAGAUAUGAAGGAGUGUCUAAGGAGCGGGGUGGCGAAAGAUAAUUCUACUUUUCAAUUCCUAUUACAUCCUUGCCUUACCAUCUGUUGUGGCUGGCAACGUGACAUUUUGGUCCGCAGCUCAAAUUGACUGUGAAUAUCACAGUAGCCACUAGACAUUAAGCACAAACUAUUCAACAAUGACAGAAACCUUUCUUCUAAAACAUAUGACACUAUUGAAUAAUGCAACCAAACCAUAUUACACUCUUGAAUAAUGCAACAAUUCACAGGCUUUAUCUUCUCGUCUGUAGGCUACACUCAUUACAUUUUAGCUUCAAUACAAAAUAGUUGCUAUAAGAGCAUGUCUUCAAGUAAUGUUAGCCUAUCAAAAAUGAUAUAUUCAUUUUUAUCAAUAUCAUGCAAAUCAUUACAUGUGGUAAAAGCAAAUUGCGACUGAAAACGUGGGUAUAAGUGAAUUCACCACAACGAGCUGUUUUAUCUGGAAGUCCAUACCCGCCACAAAAAAAAGCCUCAUGAUUUGUCAAUGUGCAUAAUUAGUCUGUACUUCAGUCUGAUCAACUGUAGACUACUGAUAACAAGCACAGAUCCAGCUAGCCUAGCGACAUCUAUGCGCUCUGAUCCCACCGGGGAAACGUAGCGUCAUGUUUUUAUAGCCCAAGCUACAGUAUGUAUUUAUAGCCUAAAAUAGGCCCUUUUAUUUGUGUUCUGAGAAAAUGUGAAUGUGAUCAAAUUUGGUUUAUAUUCACACUUUGGGUGGCUAGGCUACCUAGGCCUUUUUCAUCAAAAUGAUUGACUUGAAUUAAUAAAUUAACACAAUAGUGAUGACAUACUGUAUGAGUAUCUUUUUAAUUACAGAUGCAAAGGCCUACACGAUGCAACCCUGCAUAGCCCAUAUAAAACCGUUUUUUUUUUACAGUUGAUUUAUUACUGUCAUACGCUACAACUAGGGUCAGGAGUUGGUUACGUUAGCCUACUACCAGAUCAGGAAAACAAUCCCCCCCCCCCCACCUCUGAAAUCAUCACACAAUGUUAAAAAUGAAGGGGAAAAAAACAUAUCCUAUUUGUGUGAUCUACAUUCUACAUGUUUUGGGUGAUGGGCUUCCAUUGUUUUACGUGGCUCAGUGCAGACGGCAGCUGUGACAAUUUCAGAAUGUAACAGGCUGUUACUGCAAUUUCAGGCCAAAACUCAAUAAAACAAGUCUCAAAUAUUAGGAAAAUGUCUAUACAUUUCAGCUGUUUCAAAAACAUUGCUCUGCUAUUACCAUUUAUACUGUAGGAAUGUUGGCUCAAAAAGAUAAUUCUGUUCACACUGCCCUGCUUUAAGGGGGCAACUGUUGGGGGUAGUACGUAGCAAGUACGCAUGUUUACAUUUGAGGAAUAUGUGUAGCCGACAGUAUUUUUAUAAAAGGUGCAGUUAAUGGGAAGAGGCUCUAUGAGAACGCUAGUAGGUUUUUCUGAAGCCCCCCACUUCACCCUGGCUUUACUCCGAGGACACUGAGGACGACAUUGCAUUCUCCUCUUCUCAGACAAUUUGCAUUGUGUGUGAACAGGAGGGAGAGAGAGUGAGGAAGAAAGAGAUAGAUAGAAGAGUGGGUCCUAUCACUGGUCCUGUGGUGCUAGACCUUUAUGUGGGGAACCACCCUUCCAGGCCCAACAAAGCCCAGAAGAGAAGAUGGCUCGGCUCUGUGUCUGUUUGCUCUGAGGAUUCACUGGCCCUCUCCAUUGUGUCCCCAGGACAACACACCCAAUCACAUGAAAGGAAGGCACCAGACGUAAAAUCAAAAUAAAGAAAACGGCAUGGGAAGAAGAAGAAGAGAAGGGUCCAAAACGCUAGCGGCCGGCCAGCCUACCACGUCAAAACACAGACUCACAUUAUGGGGUUCCAUGUUCAGAGAAACCCCUGUUGAUUAAAAGCAAAAAUAGAGAGAAAUGUACUAGAUGUAGUAGCCGACGGGGGCCAGUUUGUUUUAAAGGGUUGACGUUGUUGGAGGGACUGCGGCGGGUGGGCUGAGGGAGAGGGGCGACGGCCGGUGCUUUGUUUGAGAACCAGCCAGACCAGGGCUGCGUCCCAAAUGUGUCCUAAAUGGCAUCCUAUUACCUACACAGUGCACUACUUUUAACCAGAGACCUAUGAGCCCUGUUCAAAAGUAGUGCACUAUAUAGAGAAAUAGGGUGCCAUUUGGGACUCAACCCAAGGCUGCUGGAGGGAGUCAGUCAGCCCAAGCAAGACACGUAUUAACACUCCAUCUCUGCUCCGUCCGGACGGACAGACGGCUCCCUGGGGAAGGCUGAUUAUCACUGAGGCUGAGUGGGUCGCACUUUAACACCUAAAAACUCGAUAGUCAUUAGCUAGGCUAGCAGACGGAAACAAGACAGGCUGCCUGGAGUUUCAUACUGGGGCCUUACGACAUACUUUCAUAUCUACACAGUGAUUACACAAAACCCUGAUGAAGGCUACGCAUUGGCUUUAACAAUAAAGAAGCAUUUUUAUCAACUUCCACUGUCCCUCAAGAGUUGCUGAAUUUCCUCUUCACUUUCAUGGGACAUUUUAGGUUCAUUUUAAAGUGAUACAUAACAUACGUCACCAUCAAUCCUGACUGAGCAACAACAAGGAAAAGUUAACCAGUGCCUCAGACUCAGGGUUAGCCCUGCCUUUUCAAUCUGUGCUGCCCAAUACAUUUGGCGGAUUGUCUGGGAGCCCUCACAGCAAGCUAAACUCCAUCGAGAUAGAAACGGAGGAAGUAAUUCAAAACGCACAGCAGCACCCCUGCAGACCCCCGAACCCCCAAACCCCAAAGCCCAAAUUGGUUUGUGUUCCUACAUCAUAGGCAGGUGAUAGAAACCAGUGAUUUAGGGACAAGCCAGUAUAAACAGCGUGGACACUCCUCCCAGUGCUGAGAGUGUCUCACUGUGAUUUAUUUAUAUGGUAGUAGGAGCCAAGGUAUCCUGGUCCAAGAUCUGUUUGUGCUGUCUUGCCAACUGCUAUGGUCUUUAAUAUAUUGUCAUACCAAACAUGACAACGACCAUAGGGGUUGGCUAUACAGCAUAAACAGAUCUGGGACCAGUCUAGAGCCAAUGUACUGUAAGUGGCUGUCCUCCCCAGUAAAUGUGCUUUGGCUUGGGACACUGUACAUGUGUCGUAAAAGGUGAGGUGACCUGGCUGCCUCUCAAAGGUGCCAAGGUAGGUAGUAACCAAAUGUUAUCCUGUCCAGUAUGUAACUUGGUGUACCUGUCUGGUAACAGGAGAGGUCUGUGACCAGGCUGUCUCUGCUGACCUUGUGGUUUAUUUGUUUAGAGUCCACAGAGAUUAGUCUCUAUUAAAGGGUAUUUUACAUACCCAGCCCCUAACAAUCCUCCUCCACACUAACCAUUAACCAUACAUACGUCCCAAAAUGGCACCCUAAACCCUUAUAUAGUGCACUACUUUUGACCAGGGCCUAUAUAGGGAAUAGGGUGCCAUUUGUGACACAGCCCAUCUCUAGAAUUGGAGGGCAGGUUUGUUGAGCUCUAGCGUCUGUGCUUUGUUAUCAGGUUAGGGGAGUUAAUGGUUAACUGUUUUGCAUUGCAGACUGUUCUGCAGGUCACUGGCAGAAACUGGAGCAGAAAGCCACCAUGUUCAGAAACACAGAAUGGAUAGUCAUAAACCUUCUAUAGAUAGACACACAGACGCACAGGAGCAGGUGGGAAGAUAAGAAUGAGGAAUCUGGAGCGGAGCGUCACUUAUUGUAAAUACUGUACUUCAUGACAAGAUCAUGGGAGCUUACUAGGCCUAUUUCUCACUACCAGCUAGGUAUUUGGAUGAAACGUGAUCAGAUCAGUACAACAGGAGCUUCCUAGCUAGAUUAAACGGACACUCGUCCUCAUGAAUGGAACGUGAUCAGCUCUAACAGUACAGUACAUGCAUGGCCUUGUGCUUUUGUUGUUGUUCCAAGGAGCACUUCCCAUGGAAGUUGUCAGCACUAUUAAUAUUGGUGCUAAAAUCCCCAAAUUUUACUUUAAUAUGAUCACAGUAGCAGACUUCAGCUAGAAACACAACUUAAAAUGACUUCUCAUCUGGUUUGUGGUCUCUCAAUAGAUAGCUCUCUGUCGCUCCCUGGGAGAAUCUCAAUUGGUUUUGCUCGCCUCCUCUCCUCCGUCCUCUCCUCGCCUGGAAAAGGGCAAAGGUAAUCGAGGAGAGGAGGAGAGGAAAGGUGGAAAAAAAUGUGCUUGAAUACAUUUAGAGUCCUUCUCCACUCACAUGUCAUCAGGCAAAUUACGUUUACAGGGAUGGAAUCCCAAAAUAAAUGUGUAAAGUCAUCAAAACAAAUGUAGCUAGUUGUGCAAGACAUUUUAUAGAUACAAUGAUAAGUAGUAUAUUGUUUUUAAAUGUGUGCAUGCUUUUCUCCUUCGAGAAAACAACAGCUGAUUCAAAGGUGGUCUGGCGGAUUUUAAAACACUUCUGCGGGAGGAUACUCUUGUGCAUCCUCUGCCGAACUAGGUAAUUAAGGAGGGGAGCAGACUCCUUCGUUCGCCUACUAACGAAUUUAUACUCUCUUCUGUCACUCGACCACUUAUCGGUUUCCGGGUCACAGAGUCGUCGAGAAGAGGACGGCCUUUUGCCCAAUUCAGAAUCUCCCCCUCUAUCUCUCAUCAUCUCUCUCUCCUUGCUUCGUUCGCUCUCUCGCUCUCCCAGGAAAUGAAUUGGAACAGUUUGUGGACAAUGUCUCUCUCUCCUGUUGAUUGGUUUCCAUGUCUGUUGUAAAAGGAGGGGUAUAGUGUAGCUGGGGGGGGGGGGGGUCAAGGCGCAGUAGCCAGGGUCAGAUAAGAUAAUCCAUAGUGAACGUCCUCUGCCCUGCCUUUGUUUGUCACAGUCAUCGGACCUUCAGACCCAAUAUGUUUACAUUUAAUUAAACAAAGCACACAAACUUUACAUCACUUCCCAUAGCUAUCAAUAGCACAUCUGAAUUGAUUACCCUCAGCUCUGAAAAACAAGAGGAAGCAUUAAACAGGAGCUUCAUCUUCCCCCUCUGAAACUCAUUACAGGCCAGAAUGACUGAUAUGAUUUUAAAGCUAUGUCCACACGCCUACCUGGAAUGGCGGCAGAGACCUCUGGUCAUUAAUCUAGAUGAGGUUGUCAGCCGUCAGUGGACAACUGACUAUAAUGUCGCUCAUAGAGCUAAUGGAGGAUAGAAAAGGUAUUGCUAUCUUACUUAGCUCAGGGCUCUCCAACCCUGUUCCUGGAGAGCUACUGUCCUGUAGAUUUUCGCUCCAACCCCAAUCUAGCGUACCUGGUUCUAAUAAUUAGCUGGUUGAUAAACUGAAUCAGGUUAGCUACAUCUGGGGUUGGAGUGAAAACCUACAGGUGGGUAGCUCUCCAGGAACAGGGUUGGAGAGCAUUGACCUAGCUAGUUACCAGCCCCUUCAAUGAAUGGUCUUGUUUUUAUGUUUAGCUUUGGAUUGAUAUUUAACUCUGCUGAGGUACAGUGGGGGGUUUUAUCAAGCAAAAUAUGGAAAAUAUACUGUAAAUCUUUCAGUUAUCGAAAUGGAAUGCCCUGGGGUUAUUUCAUACUUAGUUAUAUUGCAAGCCAAGGAUUGUGUCAUCCAAUGGCCUUCAUCAGAUUGUUCAAUGAUCUUCUAUUUUAUCUCUGUGCGUCAAUAACAGUGACUUGAAACUCAUGCUGAGGGCUAAAUUAAGGAUCAUAUAUUGGUCUGUGGAGAGAGAGAGAACUCCUCAUGACACAAUCUCAUUUUUUAUCAUAUUGCCAGUGAGACAUAUUUUGUAAAUAUAUGUUUUUCAAUUGGUUGGACACAUUCUUGUGUGACUGUCCAAAAAUAUGCCUUGGAAUUGGUUUGGGUUAAUAACUGAAAACUGGGGAUGGGCAAAGGUAUUGUUCCAUAGUUCCUGUACUGUAAUAGAGUCAAGAAUAGAGUAAUGAAGCUGGAAUAGGUUGUGUCCCAAAUGGCACCCUGUUACCUAUAUAGUGCACUACUUUUAUCCCAUUGUCCUCAACUCUGACUAUGUAUGCAUCCCAAAUAGGGUGCCAUUUGGGAUGCAUUCAUAGUCAGAGUUGGGGUCAAUGGGUAAUGUUUUGGUUUCCUCUCCUCCCCAAUAGAUAAUGGGGUUUUUCAGCCCUUUACUAAGGUGAAGAGUACCCUACACUACCCUACCAAGCUCUAUUGAUAAUAUACCCACACCAAUGUAGUGUUUACAGUACCUCAAUCUUUCUCUUUUUGAGAGCUGCUUUCUCUCUCUAGCUUUAUUUGAGAGAUUCUCUCUCUUGCAUCUCAUUGGAAAACACCUGUCUGCUUUCACCUUGAGCUCCUAUGUCUCAAUCAGUUUGAUGCUCUCAGUCACACUGGUUUGAUGCUUUCAGUCAGUCAGUCCCGUCAGUAAUGUACGGUAAUAUAUUCCACUGACAUUCUGCUGCAUUAUUGCCUCCAGAUAUUGUCUCAUAUAGUGACAUAGCAUUUGAAUAUUAAACUUGUCUCUUUGCCAUGGGGUGUUGAUACAGAAUAACGUUCCCUACUGUAAGUUAAACUGCAGGCAUGCUUUCAUUGGUUAAGGUCAAGUUUCUGUCUGUUUGUGUUAGAAAUGUGGCCAGCUGCACUCUGACUGCAAAGUCAAAACUGGAGAGUAGAGGAGACUUGUUGGUUGGAAGCCUGUUCAGUGCAUCACCCCUGUACUGCACUUUCAAUCUACAAGAUCUACUAUUGUAUCCUUGCAGAGCUUCCAUACUUAUUUUUUCUACAACCUAUGCUGUACUUGUUGUACUUGAGGUUGUUUUCAGUAGUUGUGCUAUACCUCUUUGCUGUUCAGUCGACCCAGUAUGUACAAAUAUUUUCCUCCCACCCAAUUCAAAGCCAAAAGAUCAUAUCAAUGUGUCAAGUGCCUUGUUAACAAUCCUAACACUAUUGUUGUUAGCUGACAUCCUGUAGCUUCCUGAAGGACCGGUAUGAUGCGGGUGAUGUGUUGACAUUCAUAGUUUUACUGUGUAGCUUUUUCACGCCCGAUACAUUUUUGUAUCUGUGUGAUGAUGGAUUAUUGUGAUGCAAGGGAAAAUUCAAUUAAGUAUAAUCUCAUUUAAUUCAUCUUAUCUCUCCCUACAGCCUGCACCAAGCCCAGUGUGAGGCAGGGACCACCAGUCAAAGAGGGCAGGGGGCCUCAUCUCUCAGCUCUCCAUCCCAGACCCUCCAGACCAAGCCCCUCCAGCCCAGGGAAGCCCCCUCUGGUCUGGCCAGUCCCCCCCAGCAGCAGCCCCUCCUGGCUCAGCUCCAGAGAAUGGCCUCGGAGCACCAGAACACCCAGGCCCAGCUACAACACUCCCAGGAGGCAGCAAGGGAGGCCAACGAGAAAGUACAGAAGUGAGUAGCUAACUAGAGUACAACUCUGGUUUUACAGGCCCCUCACUAAUGACUAGCCCAUGAAAAACUGCUACUAUAACAAGUCUACUUUCUCAACCUCCUAAAAUGAAGGAUCAAAUCCACCAGCGGCAAUUUUGUUUCACUUAAUAUAGACACGCUCUUAACCCCCGCCUUGUUGCCCCAUGGCAAGAAUUUGGUAAACGCAUGCUCCUCCGUAGCCCCUGCAACAGAUUCCCCACCCUGCCCAUCCCCAAAACCUUCUCGCCCCCCCCCAUGACUCCUGCUGCACCCCUCCCCCACCCUAUUGACUUGUGCUAGUGGUGUCCAUGCUGAUGGAUGGUUGGUUGCUGGUUGUCUGGGAGGCCUUCUCUCCUCAGUCCCAGCCUGGUCUCUGUUGCUCCUGCACCCUCCCAUCCUCCCACAGUCACACUGGGGCUAGCCGCUAAACAAACAGCAGUCGCCCCGCUCAUCUAUUUGCCUGGUGAAUUAACAGGGGGGUUGGGGGGUGGUGAUGGAGGGGGGGUGACAGUUCUCAGCACUGGGAAAGCUGAAAGGCUUCCCCCCACACCCCUCAGAUUGGGAGGGAGAAAAGAGGGGAUUCUGGUUGGUAUUGUAUUUAAACGAUCCUCACUGGAGGGCCUCCAUUAUACUGGAAGAUCACACAGCGUCUUCUACAACCUUCACUCUAAAUGUAAAAACUAACGCACACUUCCCGUAUGAAGGCAACAUUUUCAGUCCUCUGGCUCAACUGCUCUUGCAGUGUGCAGACUGGGAAUAGUUUGCAAAACUGCAGCUAGCAAAUACUUUGCGUGCACUGAACUAGUGCAGUUACUGAUGUUUUGCACUUUUAUGACGUUUAUAAGGUAGUGUUGACAGUUUCAGAGCAUGGUCUGAUCCUUUCCCAGAAAGAGGCCUGUCAAGGCUGUUGGAUGUGUCAAGGUGUAGAGGGUGGGUAGAGAUGGCAGCCCAGUGCCAGGAGGAGCAACAGCAGCAGGAGCAUCUGAAGACAGUCACACUCGACCGUUAACUGACCCCCAGAUGGAUGGCCCUGGUCCUGCUGGGAUGCGUCCCAGAUGGCACCCUAUUCUCUAUAGUGCUCUAGGGCUCUAGUCGAAAGUAGCUCACUAUGUAGGGAAAUAGGGUACCAUUUGGUUUGUGGUGGUGUAGGAGUCUGUGGGAAGCAGCUCUGACGCGGGCCCCGUCGCACGGCGGUGAGAAGAAUGCAGGGGGAGCCGAGUUACCCCCCUCUCCCCCCUCAUCACCCCCCAGAGCACACGGCUUGCCAGAGGAAACGGAGAGGCGGCCCAGAAUGUGGCACCUGAGUGCCGGGGGCUGACGGGGCUGACGGGGCUGACGGUCCUGCAGUUCCAUUGAUGGAGGGGCUGAGCCGAAUGUCUAAUGACCUAUCUGAAGCUGCCUGCUGAAUCAAAUCUUGGCCAUGGAGGAGACGAAAGGACACAAAGACCCUUUUCAUCAGGAGGUGGAGGUUGUCCUGGCCUGCUAGUAACAGACACGCUGCUUACUGCUGUCUUUCUCUCCCGCUAUCAUCAUCAUCAUCAUCAUCAUCAUCAUCAUAUCCCAGACCCUUUGCUGCUCUACAGUGUAUUCGGAAAGUAUUCAGACCCCUUGACUUUUACCACAUUUUGUUACGUUACGUCCUUAUUCUAAAAUCAAUUAAAUAAAUACAAAUCCUCAUCAAUCGACACACAAUACCCCAUAAUGACAAAGCGAAAACACAUGUUUUUCAGCGGCAGAGACUGGGAGACUAGUCAGGAUCAAGGGAAAGAUGAACGGAGCAAAGUACAGAGAGAUCCUUGAUGAAAACCUGCUCCAGAGUGCUCAGGACAUCAGACUGGGGUGAAGGUUCACCUUCCAACAGGACAACGACCCGAAGCACACAGCCAAGACAAAGCAGGAGUGGCUUCGGGACAAGUCUCUGAAUGUCCUUGAGUGACCCAGCCAGAGCCCGGACCUGAACCCGAUCUAACAUCUCUGGAGAGACCUGAAAAUAGAUGUGCAGUGACGCUCCCCAUCCAACCUGACAGAGCUUGAGAGGAUCUGCAGAGAAGAAUGGGAGAAACUCCCCAAAUACAGUGCUUCAACAAAGUACUGAGUAAAGGGUCUUAUGUAAAUGUGAUAUUUCCAUUUUUAUUUUUUUAUUUUAUGAAUUUGCUAAAAUGUCUAAAAACCUGUUUUUGCUUUGUCAUUAUGGGGUAUUGUGUGUAGACUGAUGAAAAAAACAAUUUGAUCAAUUUUAGAAUAAGGCUGUAACGUAACAAAAUGUGGAAAAAGUCAAGGGGUCUGAAUACUUACCGAAUGCACUGUAUACCCAGUCCUCAGGAAAGUACCUCCCUCUGUAAACGUAUUAUGAUGAGUUGUUGUUACGUAACUUUCUUAUGAUUCAUGGUUGUAAAUGUUGUAAAUGGCAUUUUCGAUGUCAUUUGUAACUGUAUUGAUUAUAUACUGUAUAUGUAUAAGUAUAUUUUAAACACUUUCUGAGCUCCUCUUUAAAACCCCGAUAAACACUAAGAAGUGCACCAUCCAUCCCCCCAUCCAGUACAAUGCACACUCUGCUGAAACAGUGGUAGCUAUAUUUUACUUCUUUACUGCAGAAAGAUUCUUAUUCGGGGUUGUUUAGAAUGAAUGCGAGGAGCUGCGUGUUUACUCCGUCUUAUUCCAGCUAUAAUUGUUGGUUUUGCGACACUGAAUUCUUAAUCAGGAUUUAUGUUUUCUCUGGCUGCUCCCUGGCGUGUGUGUUUGGGUUUACUGGCCACCCUUGGUAAACAGUGUUGUUCCAAAUCCCCACCAGUACACCUUGGACAGACACGCACUAGCUGGAACUGUCUAAACGUGACAGAGAGGCUAAUGCAUAUAUUUAAAAAUGCAACAAGGGGCUUCACCAUUUACACACAAGGGGGACAAGGUCUGUGUGUGUGUGUGUGUGUUUGAGAGGGGGAAGAGAUGUUUUGCCUCGUGUACAUGUGAACUAGUUAGGUGAGCCAUGUUUGCCUAUGUGUGUCAGUGUGUGUUGGCCUGCGUGCAUGGCCUGUACAUUCAGUGGCUGGAGUGUUUGCAUGGCCUUUGUGACUUGGACCUUUCCUAAACAUUAGCAAUCCUCUUGGCCUUAUUUUCUCUCCCCACUGCUAAUAUGUUGAUCUCUCCUCCACAACAAGCUGAUGUUACACACAGCCCUAGCCGCCAUGUCAUCCUCACCAUGCAUAAAUAAACACAGCCAGGUUUGUGGUGAUGAUGACUCGCCAUGUUGAGAAAAACAGAUGGAGAGUAACUUCCGGACAGACAAUACCUGGGUCAGACCACUCCCAGAUGCUGCCUGAUUACCAGCUAGUUGGUAGAAACCCUGGGCAGGCAAACUGGCAGGUCACAGCUUAGACAGCCUCGCAGGCAGCGUAAUUCUCUGGUUGCGUCCCAAUAAUCUCUCCUUCCUGCUGGAGUGUGCACUUGUUCACUACUCCCCACAAAUAGAAAAGCGUUGGAUUGGUGUUUGUAUGAGCUAGAGGGAGUUUCCAUAUACCAGUCAUCUCCUUUCAAAUCCAUGAAGGGAAGUGAACAAGUGCACACUUCGGGAGAAAGGAGAGAUGAAUUUGACGCACCCUCGGGCUCUUUUCAGAUCAUUACAACUGGGCUACUGAGGGAAAAUAAUCUGUGGACCAUGUUUCACUCCCUCGAAAAGAUCAAAGAUGUAUCUUUCUUCCUGGUACCUCCUUGUGUAAAAGUGUUUGUUAUUUGUGUGUGUGUGUGUGUGUGUGUGGCACAUGCACAGUAUCAGGAAUUUAAGAAUACUUUAUCACCAUCAACUCCCCCACCUUAUGUCAAGUUUACAUUUAAAAGGUAACUUUGAUAUAAUAACCUGCACAUGAUUAGUUAGUUGUUUAAUACCUACAAUGACUAAAGAUGUAUCUUGUGAUUUUUGAUAUGGUAUAUCUGAAAAUCAAAGUGAAAAUAUUUUUUUACAACUAUUACAAUACAGGAGCAGUGUAGCCUUUCCACUUGUGUCAAAUGUAUUAUUUCCAUAUCAGUGAUGUCACGGUGAGGACGGGGGAAAAGAUUUUCAUGGAAAGAGCUUAAACCCUCACUCUAUAACAAAAAGCCUGCUGUAUUCUGGGGUUCACUCACGGCUUUCUAUUCUAAUUUCAUUCACGGUGGGAGAUUUUCCCUGUCUAAGUGCUCCCAAAGUUUUGAAUUCUACAGAAGAAGAAUGUUUGCACUUGGAAGAAAACUUCCAUUGCUUCAUCAAUUAUUAUUAGAACAUUUGUUCACGAGUCAGUAUGUGCUGAAAGGCCAUUUGUACUACUUGUACUCUAGUUCAUUUCCUCCUAUUUGGUACCAUGCUCUUCACCUAUCAGUGGUGCUUCCUGAAGAUCCCAUUUCAUUUGGCUUAAUCUGAUUCCCUUCUGUGAUAUUAUAACCAUGGAAUUAUAUUAUCAUUGAAUGAGAUAAUAACCUCUCAAGUCCUGUGAAAUGUUCCUAUUUGAAAAUACAAUAAAUAUUCUUUACUCAAAGCCAAUUUCCCAACAUAUUUCACCUUAACAUCGUUCCAGUUGGAUGCUUUUUAACUAAAUAGCUAGGAAUAUUAUUAAUGACUCAGGAAGAAAACAAUUCCAUCAAUGUGUUUAUUGUACAACCUGCCCAUAAACCUGUUAAUAUCACAUCCGUAUUUCAGACCCAUAAUAGUCUGGAUAGGUUAAAAUUAGAAUGUGUGAUGACUGUGCAUGUUUUGGCCAGCUUCACAUGUCUUGUUUCUAGAGAGCCAAAAAAGCUAUGUGCUGUUUCCUCCAUCUCUCACCCAGCCUCUCGCUCCAAAAGCAUUCCUCUCCUCUCUCUUGCCCGCCCGUCAAUUCAGUUAUUUUCAUCCUGUCAGGGAAUCAUUAGCUUUUCUUUUCAGCCAUAAGGACACCAUUAUUGUCCUGCCCCUCUGCCAGGAAAAACACUAGAUCCUGUCAACUUAGAGAGAAACGGAGAGAGGGAGAGAGAGAGGAGAAGCGGGAGAGUGAAGAUAAUUUGUACAGUGGGUUUGGUUUGGUCUGACUACCACUUAAAGAAGCGUCUACAUCCUGCCCUGUAACAAGUGUAUCCUUGUGUUAGUGUCCUGGGCACCACCGCACCAGGAGAGGUGCAUUCAUUCCUCACACCCUCUCUUCAUCCCGUUCUCCCUGUCUCCCCCUCUACCUCCCUUUGUCUCCCUCUUCCCCUCUCUCCCACCCCCUCUUCCCCUCUCUCCCCUCCUCCCUUCCUCCCCUGUCUCCCCCUCUUCCUCCCCAUCCCUAUCUUUGGGGUUCCUCCCCCUCACGCGUCUUUGGGUCAUUCAAAAAGCAUUAUAUAAAACCCAUGUAUUCUAAUUAAUGUUAUUCUCUUUGUCACCAUGCAGGUUGGAGCGGCUGGUGGAGGUGCUGAGGAAGAAGGUGGGGACAGGCAGUGUCCGGACGGUCAUCUGACUGAGACGACGCCUGGGGAAGCAACAGUCAGUCCACUCAGUUCCUGGCUCCGUCCUAAAUGGCACCCUAUUCCC